AACCCCUCCAAUUUUUCUUCUAUUUCCUCCAAUAAGGAAUACACAAAAAAAGAAGAAGAAAAAAAAGUCUCUAAGAUUCCAAUCUCCCAAAGGAAGUAACAUAAGAUGGCAGAAGGCGAGGAUAUUCAACCACUCGUCUGUGACAAUGGAACAGGAAUGGUCAAGGCUGGGUUCGCGGGAGAUGAUGCUCCACGAGCUGUAUUCCCUAGUAUUGUUGGUCGUCCUCGUCAUACUGGUGUGAUGGUUGGUAUGGGUCAAAAAGAUGCUUAUGUAGGAGACGAAGCUCAAUCAAAGCGAGGUAUCUUAACCUUGAAGUAUCCAAUUGAGCAUGGUAUUGUUAGCAAUUGGGAUGAUAUGGAGAAGAUAUGGCAUCAUACAUUCUAUAACGAGCUUCGUGUUGCACCAGAGGAGCAUCCUGUUCUUCUAACUGAAGCUCCUCUUAACCCGAAAGCUAAUCGUGAAAAAAUGACACAGAUUAUGUUUGAGACUUUUAAUACUCCAGCUAUGUAUGUUGCUAUACAAGCUGUUCUCUCUCUGUAUGCCAGUGGUCGUACCACCGGUAUUGUGUUGGACUCUGGUGAUGGUGUGAGCCACACUGUCCCAAUUUACGAGGGGUAUGCCCUUCCACAUGCCAUUCUUCGUCUUGAUUUGGCAGGUCGUGACCUGACUGAUCAUUUGAUGAAGAUCCUAACGGAACGUGGUUACUCAUUCACCACGACAGCUGAGCGAGAAAUUGUGAGGGAUGUAAAAGAAAAACUGUCUUACAUAGCCUUAGACUACGAACAAGAACUAGAUACUUCAAAGACUAGCUCUUCUGUUGAGAAGAGCUAUGAGCUUCCUGAUGGUCAAGUUAUUACCAUUGGUGCUGAACGUUUCCGUUGCCCUGAGGUCUUAUUCCAACCUUCACUGAUCGGAAUGGAAGCAGCUGGAAUCCACGAGACCACAUACAACUCGAUCAUGAAAUGUGACGUUGAUAUUAGAAAGGACCUUUACGGUAACAUAGUGCUGAGUGGUGGUACUACCAUGUUCCCAGGUAUUGCUGAUAGAAUGAGUAAAGAAUUAACUGCAUUAGCUCCAAGCAGCAUGAAGAUUAAGGUUGUUGCACCACCAGAGAGGAAAUAUAGUGUAUGGAUUGGAGGUUCUAUUUUGGCUUCCCUCAGCACCUUCCAACAGAUGUGGAUUGCAAAGGCAGAGUACGACGAAUCAGGUCCAUCAAUUGUCCACAGAAAAUGCUUUUGAUUUUCCUGAAGACAACAACAUUGACAAGACUGGAGCGGAAUGCAGCUUGUGAUAUUAUUUUCUGUAUUUGUUCUUCUCAUUUUCUAUGGCAAAAAAGUUGAUUGUUUCAUCAUCUUAAUUCUUUUAUAUUUAUUCAAUUACUAAGUUUCAACUGUUCCAUAAUA